UUUGGUCACAGGGUCAGGCUGAUAGAAGCCUUAAAGGCAGACCAUAACUGCAGGGAGGUGCAGUCGUCUUCAGUCUUGCUGCUCUUUAGUUUCCUCUCAUCAGGAUCCAUACUGUCACAAGAUGAAAUUGGCAUUAGCUCUCAUUGUUGCACUCCAGGUGUCUUUGAGCCUGUGCACGUUGCCAGAGCCUGAUAAGGAGCUUGUGGAUAAGUAUGAGGGUUUAAAGGCUGUGUUCCUCAAGAGACUUGCUGUCGCCUAUGGGAAUGCUCAUACCACCCUUGAGAAACUGGCUGAGGGCACAAUCACAGGGGAGAAGGCCAAGGAAAUCGCAAAGCAUGUCAAUGAAAAUGAGAGGGUGCAAGCUAUUUCUAAGCUAGCCGUUGCUGUUUUUGAGGAGCUACAGCCUGCUAUAGAAAAGGCACGUUUGGCUGUUCUUGGCACCUACGGUGAAUACCUGCGUCCCUACAUUGGCAUUUACCUGGACACUGCCAUCAACAACAUCAAACCCGUGCUGGACACAUUCCUGCCUUCUGAACAACAUUAAAAUCAAGGCCACGUGACCUCCAACCACUUUCCCUGCACCUCUGACUGUGCUGCCUGAGAUGCUUUAGCUUUAGCUAUUCAUUUCUCAAUUUCCCAGAAAUCAGAUGUGCAAUCCACCAUGGCCUUAGCAGGUAUAUCAUUACAGCAGAAGAGAUAACAAUGAUAAAGGUAGUCAUGUGCAGGUGUAGAUCAUACACCUGUACUGUACAUAACUGUAUAUUAUGAUGCUCUCCUGUGCGUGCAUUAAAAAAAUGUCAACAUUUGUGCAGCAUUAAUAAAGAAUAAAAACAACAA